CUCCAGCUCGGCAGAUGUAAUUUUGGGAACUCACAGCAGGUCUAUGAGGUCGGCAUGGGCGGUUUGACCAAGCACGCAAGCACCAUCUUCUUCGAUGGCCUUCUAUCCGACCGGGAUAUUGAGUGGCCAGAGGAGAUUGACCAUCUCGGCCAUACCGCUCAGUGGAGAAAAGGUCGAAAAAUGAUCAGAAUCAGAGUAGCUCGACCGCUUGACGCUGGGCAAGACAGCAUUGUCCAGUCGGUUGUCUGUACGAUGCUCCAUGAGAUGGCCCACGCCGUAUUUGAGUUGCUAGUCUGUCCAGGCUCGUCUCCAAGCGACAGGGCUCAACGCAAAGCUUGCCAGCCGGUCCGGGAAGCUCAACUAGGCAAGAUGGGACAUGGCGAAGCAUGGAUGAAGCUCGCGACCGUCCUAGCGCCAUUCGUUUCCUCAGAGCUGGACUGGAUUGUCAAGCCUGGAUCGGUUCGAGCAAGGCGUGGAGACGAAAAUUCAUUGAGACCCAAGAGGAUCCAGAUCCUGCGCUGCUGCUCUUUUGCUUUCCGGGCCAGCGAGGUGAAGUGCGAGAGACGCAGUCGGACAAGCAGAAGACAUGGUGGGACACUCUGAAUUUGAAGAGGGCGAAGAAGGUUAAGAAGUUCUUCUUUGUACUCCUCAGUGCACCACAAGCACAUAAGCGAUGUACGCAGACCACCACGUACUAUGGGAAAGCUACAGGCUUGGGAAU